AAUUUUUACUCAUUUUUGGGUAAUCCAAAAAACGUUUUCAUACUGUGGUAUUGCUAAUUCACUUUCUUUACUCAGGGAAAAAUACAACAUGGUAUUAGUAUUUUGCAGGGGCAGAUCCAGAGAUGGCACCAGGGGGCACUGGCCCCAGGCAAAAUCUAACUGGAACAGUCCUGACAGAAGUCUUUUUUUAAAAAGAGCUUUUAUUUUCCAAGCUUUUUUGAAGAACACAAUUUGCUUGAACAAUGAAUAAUUAUCAAAAUAUAUUGAAUGAUGUGUGACAAAAACCAAAAAUGGUGGCCCCUUUAUGAACCCUGAUCUAGAAAAAAUAAUCAAUGGUAUUGUUAUCUUGUGGCAACCACAUUAAACUAUACAGUAACUGUCACUAAACAACAUUUCCCUCUUAACUUUAUUAGAUGAAAAUGUGGUAUGCAAAGAAAAUAUUCAAAUUCAAUGGUUCUCAAAUUUCUACUAAGUAUAGAGCUUGUCUUACAGUAAUACAUUUUGUCACAUUCCACCAAAGCAUUUAUUUAAUACUUCUUCCACCACUGGAAGUUAACCAGUACAACUUCUCUGCAUUCAUGUGGUGAUUUACUUAUCACAGCAAGAUUCUCACAAGUUCUAAUUGUAACAUCAUCAUCUUUCCUGUUUUUUGGACCUGUUUAUAGAUGUAAGAUGUAAAUCCCUCCUGUUAUGAGGCUCUAUGAAUAACCACCAGUUUCCUUUAUCUUUUUCCUGUAACAAUGAGUGAGAAAUAAAGGAUUUCAGAGUCACAAGUGUAAAGGGGAAGUGUGAGGGAAGAGAUACAUUUUGCUGAGAGCAUUGCUGUGAGACAAGUUUCACAACCACCUGGUACUGAAACGCCCUUAUUUGAAAAGCACACAGGAAGUGUUGCACACAUAAAUGUCAAGAAGCUUGAGAAGAGUGAGGUGAAAGAUGCAAGACCAGCGUCAUAUUGUCUUGCUCACCUACAUGGUGGUGCUAGCCACCCCUCUUUCUUUGGCUUUCAACAUUGAUACAACAAAUCCAGAUGUCUAUGCUGGUGAACAGAAAGAUUUCUUUGGCUACAAAGUGCUUCAGUUCAUGUCUGGCACAGACAAAGGGGUAAUUGUCACGGCGCCGCUGAAGCUCAAUGGAUCUGGAGGAGUAUGCAGACAGGUCAAAAACCAAAACACCCAGUGUUUCAAUGCUGAAGACAUUACUGUGAAAAAUAGAACUUUACCAGUGAAGCUCCUCGGCCUGUCAAUCGCUGCAGACUCCACAAGCUCCCAGUUCUUUGUUUGCAGCCCAAGUGUAGCCCAUGAAUGCAAUGAGAACUCCUAUCUAAACAGUGUGUGUUACAAGAUGACUGAUCGUCUUCACAAAAUCUCCUCUUUCACUCCUGCUUUCGAAGAAUGCACCAAAAAGACAGUGGACCUUGUCUUUCUUUUUGAUGGAUCAGGCAGUAUGACCACAGCUGAGUUCAGCAAAAAUAAAGAUUUCAUAGUGGAUAUAAUGAAGAGCCUUAAGAACACAUCAAUCAAGUUCUCAGCAGUUCAGUUCUCCUCAACAUUCAGGACGGUAUUUACCUUCAACGACUAUCAAGACGGAAGAGCUCUUGGUAAACUUCGGAAAGAAGCCCACAUGAGGCAGCUCACCAACACACAUGGAGCCCUCGCAUUUGUGUUGAAAAAUGUCUUCGAAGACCCAGAUGUAGGUGCCUCUCCUGAUGCAAUUAAAGUUUUGGUGAUAAUCACAGAUGGCGAUCCCAGUGAUACAAACGCAGAUCUUAUUAUUGAAGAAUAUCAGAAGAAACAGAUCAUUCGCUUUGUCAUUGGGGUCAAAGACGUCAUGCUAGAAAAAUUCACAGCCAUCGCUUCACAACCAACGGACAAAUAUGCCUUUAAAAUUGAGGACUACAACGGACUGACGGGAAUACUGGAGACGUUUCAAAAAAGGAUUUUUAAAAUGGAAGGCUCCAGUGUGGCUCGGGGAGCAGACAUGUUGGACGAAAUGGCUCAGAGUGGAUUCAGUGCUGCCUUCCAUAACAAAACACUGAUCCUGGGUGCAGUGGGCUCAAAGGACUGGUUGGGCUCUCUCCAAGAAUUCCAUGAAGGAAAAGAAACAAAAAUUGAAGAUCCACGCAUGAAAAAGGACUCCUACAUGGGAUACUCUAUUUCUGUUGGAAAGAAGGACAACGCUCCUUUUUACUUUGCGGGUGCACCAAGAUUUGAGCACACGGGACAGGUCGUACUUUUCAGACGUGAUGGUGGGGAUUGGACCGCAGCCCAAACACUAAAUGGUACCCAGAUUGGCUCCUACUUUGGUGCAGAGCUGAGCUCAGUAGAUAUCGACUCAGAUGGUGACACUGACUUCCUUCUGGUGGGAGCUCCGCUGUUCUAUCAGCCCCAGGAGAAGAGAGAAGGCCUGGUCUACGUCUACUCACUGUCUGAGAAGAUGCAACUGGCAACUGUACUAAAUGUGACAGCACCAUCCAUGGGCAGAUUUGGCUCCACCAUUUCCAGCCUUGCAGAUAUUAAUGGAGAUGGACUCCGAGACGUUGCUGUUGGAGCCCCCCUUGAGGAUGAAAACAGAGGGGUUGUGUACAUCUACCUUGGUGACAGACGCAAUGGGAUACGCAGCACUUUCAGCCAGAGAAUCAUGGGACAGGAAAUUAGUCCUGAGAUGAGAUUCUUUGGCCAGGCCAUCGAUGGGCGCAUUGACCUCGGAGAGGAAGGACUCCCAGAUAUUGUGAUUGGAUCACAGGGCAUGGCUGUUGUCUUGAGGUCCAAUCCUGUCUUCAACGUCGUGGCACGUCUCUCUUUUCUACCUGAGGAAAUAAGCACUGAGAGGUUUGACUGUGUGGACAACAUAGAUGAAGCUUUACCCAUGGUGACCUUAACAGUCUGCUUUAUAAUGGAAGAAACUACUCAGAGCCACGACGAUGUGAUGAGCUCAGGACUGAACAUCUCAUACAUAGUUAAUGUGGAUCCAACGAGACAAACUUACCGAGGUUUCUUUGAAAACAACAAGAAAGCCAGGAAUCAUACCUCUACCUGCAACCUGAGGGCUAUUGAAACUUGCUUCAACCACUCUGUCUACAUGCCAAAAUGUGUGAAAGACACUUUAUCACCCAUCAACAUCAAAUUGAACUUUUCCCAAGUCCACAGUGAGAGUGCGGGUGCCGUCCUGAACGUGGACAGCAGAAGGACGGCCAUGGUUGAGGUUCCCUUUGAAAAGCAAUGUACAAACAAUGACCACUGUGUUGCUGAACUCGAGGUGGAUUUCAACUUCACGACCCCGACCUUAUUGGUGGCAGAAGAUAACUACUUCAACGUGUCUAUAACACUGUCCAAUCAUGGUGAUGACUCAUACAACACCAGCCUCACAAUGUACUAUCCUCCAGGCCUCUCCUUCUCCAGGAUGACUCUUGUAGAGGCAUCGAGACCAACGCUGUACAGCUGUCAUGACCUUGAAGGAGUGUAUGACAGAACUGUGUGCGGUGUCAGCCUUCCUGUGUAUCGUAGCAGAUCUUCUGCAAAGUUUAUAACUUCUUUCUACAUCAUGACCGAGUACGAGUGGAAUGACACAAUCUCGAUGACUGUUACCGGAAGAAGUGACAACACAAACAUCACCAGGAACAAUAACUUGACCAGAAGCAUCCCAGUACAGUUUGACAUUAAAAUGGCAAUAACAGUGAAAGAAGGCAUCACAUAUCUGAACUUCACACCAGAAGAGCCUGCACCUCAAAAAAUGGAGAUUACAUACAGGAUUGCUAAUCCAGGAUUUAAGGCUUUUCCUGUCAACGUGUCUCUGUCCUUCCCAACGAAACUGGCACAUGACUUUGAAAUGAAGGAUCAUCGAGUGUCUGUCCAGCAGAACAAAACUCACUGCAGCAUCACUGACCUCAAACCAAAUAACUGCCCGCUAGGUGACUGCACAAUCAUUGCAUGUGACACAUUCAUCCUGGACAAGGAGUCAACCACUGAGUUCACAUUGUCUGGAGAAGUACAUUUUAAGGAUCUCAAAGAACGAUCCAAAAAUAUUGACUUUCUGAAACGAUAUACUGGAGACAGCGGGGAGGUGAAAUUCCGAAGCAUCAUAGGGGUUGAAUAUGACGGGCAACAAUACGUGCUGGAUUCUCGUAAACAAGAGAGGAAAAAUGGAUUCAUAAAGAAGCGGUCUCAUGAUGGUUCCUGGAAAGACAACGAUCCAAUCAAGAAAUUGAUUGAGGUUCGGGUUGAGUUCAUAAUUCCCCCCAAUAAAGAGCUGAUCAUUUCAACUGGAGUUGGAUUGGGAUUGUUGUUACUCAUCAUAACCACAAUCAUCAUGUGUAAGCUUGGUUGCUUCAAGAGGAAGACGUAUUGUGAAGAAGAGGUGAAGGAUGCUGCUCUUCAGGCUGACAGUCACAAAGAGUAUGACCUUCUCCCCGAAGGAGACAGCCAAUCAAAGACUGAGGGCAAAUCUGAACAACCAUCAGAGGAAAAAAUGAUUCUGGUUGAUGAUAAGGGCAAAGACAGCAUCGAGGCAGCUGAGAAAGAGGAAGGAUCAGAGUAAACAAAUCACAUUUACAUUCUAAAAGGAUGCAGCAUGUGCAUCAUAAUUACGGAACAAAAUCACUCAACAUCCAGCUUUUCAUUUUUGGAAAUAGGCUUAUUUGCUUCCUUGCUGAGAGUAGGAUAAGAAGAUACCACUCCAAAUAUGAAGCUGGAGUCACAAGAUGGUGAGAUUGGCUUUGCAUAUAGAUUAGACACAAAGGGAGGUGGUCACCUGGCUCUGCUGAAUGUGGCCAAAGCAAAUGAUCCAAGUAAAGUCAAAUAUUUAUCCAUACAGUCCAUAUAUUACGAAUUUGCCUAAAAGUUAUUUAGAGAUGUGCAACAAAUCCCACCUUCUGUCCUUAGAGACUCAAACCUGAUAAAUAAAAAAAGAACAAAUGAAGGAAACCUGAAGAAGUGGAACUGGGGAGGGACCCCUCCUCCAGGACAGACUGACAUGCAGUAGAUGUCCUGUGUACAGAAUACAUUUUGUAAAUACAAAUGGAGAAUAUGAUGCAAGAGGAUGUUGACAUGUCCAUGCCACACGACCUCCUCGCCACUAUGACCUGGAGAGGGCACAGACAGGCCAAGCACAUCCUCAACACAUAACCAUCAGCUUCGACUCUCGCUCUCUGAUUAACUUAUCUUAUAUCUUUUUAUACAAAAACCUUUGCUCAGUCAUCACUGAGACAUCUACAUAUGGGACUUUAGUAACAUCCUACAGACAAGAUCCCCCACAGAGAAGUUAACCAACUUCGCAGCAACCGUGAGGAACUCUGUGACGCUGGACAGGAAACUGAUCGAACACCAGAAGCAUCAGAUAUGAGACUGCUGACAGACACCCCUCCAUAUAUGACAGCCCUGUUAUCAUAUUACUGAUGUCCCAUACCUGCUGUAGGUCGCAUGAUGACAAUUGUGCAAAAGAAACCGAAAUCAUUUUUUUGUCAAAUUAUUCAAAGUUUUUACAGCGUCGUUAUUACAUGUAAUACCAUGUGCAAGUUUGAAUUCCCGGUAGAGCCGCACGAGGCCUGGUCACAUGCUCCCUGUUUGUAGAUUUGAUGAGGGUGAUGAGGGUGAGCAGCCUGGCCGAGGUGCGGUCUCUUCUCAUGUUUAUUUACGCUGUAAAAUACUGUAACAUUACCAUAAGACAGCCUUAACUGUCUGUGAUCUUCAGCACAGGUUCUAUAUCAUUCUUUGUGCAGUGUCGUGCCUUAAUAUUGUUAAAUUGUUAUGCUAUUAAAGUAAAAAUAAAAAGUGAGACCA